AUGCUGUUCUUCCAAACCGCAGUCUGCGCGAUCCUGCUCGCCACCAGCCCGCUCGUGGAAAGCUCACCAAUCUUCAAACGCACCUCGCUAUUGGGAGGCAGCCUUCGUCCAGCCGAACUCAUCACGCGCUCGCUGGACAUCUUGAGCGUCGAACGUCGACAGACCUCCAGUACCGACACCGAUUGCGGCUUGUUGGGCUGCACCGGCGCUGGGGCUGCCAGUGGUAACGAGACGAGUGCCUCUUCUAGCUCUUCAUGUCAAUUCCUCGGCGGUUGCUCAUCUGGUGCAGGCUCUUCCUGUCAGACUGAGAAAAAUGAUGUGGGCAACACAUCCUCGUCCGUCUGCGGCUCCAGCACGUCGACGGAUAGUAGUGGGUUCCUGGGUCUUGGAGAUCUUUCAGCAAGCUCCAGUGGGUGA